AUGGCGAGCCUUAAGCGUUCGUUCGAGGCCGACCCCUUUGCUGCCAACAUCUCGAGCAAAGUCUACGUCCGUUCGACGAGGAAGGGCAAGGUUCAGAAAAUUGUGAGGGAGGUCUACCUGCGUCAAGAUAUUCCCUGUUCCUCAAAGCUAUGCCGGAGCUGUCUACAGACGGCCCCCAGAGAUGCAGCCAACAAUAUCCAACCGUUUGUCCUCUCUGACAAGCCGGCGGGGACCAAGGCGUUCCCCCAGGGGCACUAUAUCGUCCCCGACACCAAUGCGCUGUUGAACGCCAUGGACCUCUUUGAGCAGAGCUCGGCUUUUUAUGACGUCGUCAUCCUGCAGACAGUGCUCGAAGAGCUGCGCAACCGCUCGCUGCCCCUGUACAACCGCCUCGUCGGGCUCACAAAGAGCGAGGACAAGCGCUUCUAUGUCUUCUUCAACGACUUCCGCCUCGAGACGUACGUCAACCGCGAGUCCAACGAGACAGUCAACGACCGCAACGACCGCGCCGUGCGCAAGGCGGUGAAGUGGUACGCCGAGCACCUGGCGCAGACAAAGGCCAAGACGGUGCCCGCAAUCGUGAUGCUCAGUGAUGACCAAGACUGUCUGAGGAAGGCCAAGGCCGAAGGUGUCACGGCCAUGUCCCUUUCCGAGUAUAUUGGCGGCCUCGAGGAUGGCGAGAGGCUGCUAGACAUGGUUGCCGAAUCGCGGAAUUCGAGCUUUUCCAAGAAGCACGCCGGUCCCAUUUACCCGGAAUACUUCACCAUGUCUAAGUUGAUGACGGGGGUCAAGGCCGGUCUCCUUCACCAGGGCAUUUUCAAUGUCUCGCCGUACAACUACCUGGAGGGCUCCAUCCACGUGCCCGCGUUUCCCAAGCCUCUUAUCGUCCUCGGCAGAGAGAACAUCAACCGAGCCGUCAGCGGCGACGUUGUCGUCGUCGAGGUUCUUCCAAAGGACCAGUGGAAGGAGCCGUCAACCAAGAUUAUCGAGGAAGAAGCGGUCACACGUGACGAAAACGCCGACGGUGAGGAAGCGCAAGACUUUGUGUCGGAGAAGGAGCGCAAGGCGCUGCAAGAAGAGGUGAAGAAAACACACAAGAAUAGCACCGAGGGCCGGCCGCAACCGACGGCAAAGGUUGUCGGCGUCAUCAAGCGCAACUGGCGACAGUAUGUCGGGCACAUUGAUCCUUCAUCUGCAAGCAAGAGCGGCGGCCAGGGUCGUAAGUCGGACAAUGUUUUCCUUAUCCCCAUGGAUAAGCGCAUCCCCAAGAUCAAGCUGCGCUCACGACAGGUUUCCGAGCUCCUCGGCAAGCGCUUGUUGGUCACCAUUGAUGCUUGGGACCGCGAUUCCCGGCACCCCGUGGGCCACUUUGUGCGCUCGCUUGGUGAGCUUGAGACCAAGGCCGCGGAGACGGAAGCUUUGCUGCUGGAGUACGAUGUACAAUACCGUCCUUUCCCCAAGACGGUACUCGACUGUCUGCCAAAGGAAGGCCACGACUGGAGAGUACCGCAGAACCUGGAAGACCCUGGCUGGAGGGAUAGAGAGGAUCUUCGGAAGCUCCUUAUCUGCAGUAUCGAUCCCAUCGGUUGCCAGGAUAUUGAUGAUGCUCUCCACGCCAGGCCCCUUCCCAACGGAAACUUUGAAGUUGGCGUCCACAUUGCCGACGUCUCCCAUUUUGUCAAACCCGCCAACGCCAUGGAUACGGAGGCUAACUUGCGAGGCACCACCGUGUACCUGGUUGAUAAGAGAAUCGACAUGUUGCCGAUGCUUCUCGGUACCGACCUCUGCUCGCUCAAGCCCUAUGUCGAGCGUUACGCCUUCUCCUGUAUCUGGGAGAUGAACGCGAAUGCAGACGUUGUCGGCGCCCGCUUCACAAAGUCGGUCAUCCAGUCGAAGGAGGCAUUCAGCUACGAGGCGGCCCAGCUCCGCGUCGAUGACGCCUCGCAACAGGAUGACCUCACCAACAGCAUCAGAACGCUCAUGAUGCUGUCCAAGAAGUUGAAGCAGAAGCGCAUGGACGCCGGCGCCCUCAGCCUGUCCUCUCCUGAAGUCAAGGUGCAGAUGGAGUCGGAGACUUCGGAUCCCAUCGACGUCAAGACGAAGCAGCACCUCGACACCAUGUCCCUGGUUGAAGAGUUCAUGCUGCUCGCCAAUGUCAGCGUCGCGGCCAAGAUCUACGAGGCCUUCCCACAAACCGCCAUCCUGCGUCGCCACGGCGCGCCUCCCAAGACCAACUUUGACGAGCUCUCGAACCAGCUGCGCGUCAAGAAGGGUCUCGAGCUCCGCGUCGACUCGAGCAAGGCGCUGGCCGACUCUCUCGACAAUUGUGUCGAUCCCGUCGACCCCUUCUUCAACACCCUCGUCCGCAUCAUGGCCACGCGCUGCAUGAUGUCGGCCGAGUACUUCUGCUCGGGAACUCAGGCGUACCCAGAGUUCCGCCACUACGGCCUGGCGUCCGAGAUCUACACGCACUUCACCUCGCCCAUCCGCCGGUACGCCGACCUCGUCGCCCACCGCCAGCUCGCGGCGGCCAUCGGCUACGAGGCCAUCCACCCGGCGGUCCGCAGCCGCGGCCGCCUCGAGGCCGUAUGCAAAAACAUCAACGUGCGGCAUCGCAACGCGCAGCUUGCGGGCCGCGCCAGCAUCGCCUACUACGUCGGCCAGGCGCUCAAGGGCCGGGUCGCCGAGGAGGAGGCCUUUGUGAUGAAGAUUUUCAGCAACGGCUUCGUGGUCCUCGUGCCGCGGUUCGGUAUCGAGGGGUUGAUCAGGCUGAGGGACCUCGCGGAUCCUGAGCCCGAGAGCGCGUUCGAUGCUGAGAAUUAUGUACUCACGACGAGCGGGAGCAAGGAGCUCAGGGUGGAGCUGUUCCAAAAGGUCAAGGUCAAGAUUACGGAUGAGAAGGACGAGAUGACGGGGAAGAGGGGUGUCAAGAUGGAGCUUGUCAGUGUUUAG